AUGGAUGCUAGAGAGUCUCAAUCCGAGGUUCGACCAGCAGAAGCUCCGGAAGCAUCCAAUGAUGACGAUGGAGACCUUUACGUCUUGUUUGAUUUAGAAGCUAGUCCAAUAUUCAAACAAUUGUCUGAAGCUCGUUCGAAAGGAGAAGUCAAAGGAGAAGUAACUGAAACCAUCAAAUCCCAAUUUCGACUUCUUCACAAUGCACUACUGGCAACAGCAGACUUUGAAAAAUCAGUCAAGAAGAAACUGAAGGCUGUGUCUCAAGCUGUUCAAGCGCAACGAAUACAGAUUGACACGUCGGGGUCUGCUCAAUAUACUGAAGCUAGCGAAGUCGCUGAUUUGAGACGUGAAUUGCUCAAGGUCCAACAUGACGAGAAAAUAGCAGACGACAGCCACAAUCGCAGUUCCAAAGAAGUGGCUGAUCUCACAAACCACAAGAAGGAAUUGUUGGAUGAAAUUGAGGAGGCUAGGAGGCAUAAAGCUGAUUUAUUGGAGCCUCAGUUGCUGGCUUCUACGAAAGAAUUGAAGCUGGAGCUCAUGCAACGACGACAACAAGUUGAAACAUUACAAAAGGACUUGGAAGAAAAAGAUGGUACCUUAGAGGCUGUUGAAAAAGAAAAGGAACGAUUGGCUGAAGAACAAGAACGACAAGUUUCUGCACUGUCUAAGGCUUCUGAGAUUCCAUUUAGACUGCAAAAACAAUCAGAAGUCCUUAAGGACGCUAUAUCUGCUCUAGUAGUAGAAAGCGAAUUGGACGACAUCAAACUAGAAGUGAAUGCAGAUUACGAGCAACGGCGAAGUGAGAUACAUGAAAUGGAACGACAAUGUGAUGAGAUAUUCAAAGAUCAUGAAAUGGCUCGUGAGCAAUUGGCUAUUCAGAAGCAAGACCGUGUGCGACUAGAUGCGUCUUUGAGGAAUGUUGUUCAUCAGGCAAAACGAGAACACGACCUCCUACUACGCGCCGCUCGAGACAAGGACUCUCAAAUGAAAUCCUGCAGACGACUUGAAAUAACACUAAACAAUGCCCUCGAAGCAGUACCUGUCGCUAAACGAGCAUAUGAUGAAGUCAGUCGCCAUUUACUUGCCGCAAAGAGAGAAUCCAAAUCCUUGAAAAAGAAUGUAACUGAUUUGAGAAGAGAGAUUGAUAUGGGUGUUCACAAGUAUUUGGAGAAUGAGAGGAUUGAAAAGACGGAAGCUGAUUUAUUGGUUCGUGAAAUGGGUGCUGUGAGAAGGACAGAGGAGGAGCUUGAAGCUGUUUCAGAACAGUUUGAAGCUGCUCAGAGGAAGUGUGAGGAGAUCGCUGUUGAACGAGAUCUCAAAGCUCGGGAAUUAGUACAUAUUCGCAAAAAGCACCGUCGUUGUCGAGAAGAUACCCGUGUGGCUGAAGAUGCAUGUACAGAUGCAGCUAAAAGAGCUGCUGAGGCUGCAGCUAGGCUGAAGGAAUUUGCGACUUUAUAUGAAGUUGCCAAGACCGAACGAAACAAAUGUCUGAAUCAAAUACAAGGCUCCCAACAACGUGCUGCUGAGAUGAAGGAAAAGCACAAAAUCCUUGUCGGUGAAAUAGAAAUUCUAAGAGUUGAAGUUGGUAACAAGGAUCGGGAACUUGCUAAAAAACUGCAAGAAAACGCAACAGCGUAUGCAACAAGAGACGGUGUUCGAAACGAAGCCAACAAACUCCUAGCCCAAUACCGAGAACGCCGAGCCGAAAUCGAUCAACAUUUAUCUUCCAUCGAUUCGCUCAACUCUCUCAUCAGUGUCGCAGAAACAGACCUAGUCCGCCUCCGAACAUCCCUCGCAACAGCCGGUCAAGCACGUAACGAUGCCGCAACAUUACUCGUCUCACGAGAAGACGAACUGUGUGUUCUCUAUGAGCAACUCAACACUCAAGCCAAGAUCCUGCAAGAUGCCGAAAUGGAGUUGGCGGAGAAAGACAAAGAGGUGACAAUGUACAACCUAGCCAUUGCUGAAUUGAAGCGCAGCAUCGAUGUCGGUCGAAGAGCUAGUGGUAAGAGGAAGGAGAUUGAAGAUUUGUAUAGACAACUGGAAGAUGAGUUGCACGCUGCAAAGGAAGAGAGUGCUAGAUUGAGUCAGUUGGUUGAAGGGCCCGAGAAUGCAGGACGGUGUAGGAAUUUGAAUGGCGGGGAUCCCACAAUGAGUGAGAUGGUUGAUCGUGUUAGGAAGUUGGAGGAGAGAUUGGCUACCAAGGAGGAACGUUUACUUGAAAAAGAUCUCGUGCUAGAAGAAGUAACUAUGCUCACAACGAGAUUACGACAACAAGCAUUGGAUUCUCGAGUAGCUGGAUCUCAGGGUGCCAUGAAACUAUCCGAUCUAACCAAGAAAGCCAAGAACACAGCUCGUGCUAUCAUGGCCAAAGUUUCUGAAUUGGCUAUGCAGCAAGCUGAGGCUGCUGCUUUGAGACAGGAAGUUUCUGACAAGGAAGCACUACUACAAAGCGCUCGAGACCGCUUAGCACGUGGUGAACCCCCAACCGAUGAAUUGGAACGAGACAUUCUCCGUUCAGAACGAGUGAAGGCUAGACGUGAAGCUGAUGCUCGAGCCAUUGCAGAUAGAAAGAGGCCGGAAGACGGCAUUGAAAUUGACGAGGACAACUUCUUCCUAUACAAUGGAACAAGAACACAAGCAGAACCACGUCCUAAUGCAUACAUUCCGGAUUCUUCUGGUGUUGGUGAAUUGCCUUUGCCCAAACCGUAUGGAUCGCAUUCUCCGUUUAGGCCUCAGGUAGCCGGAACUCAGAUGCGACAUUUCAGGAAACCAGUAGUUAAACCUAUAGAGAUCUAA